CAUCAGUCGUAUCGGCAGUUCCUCACCACUCACCCGCAUGCCCGCCUGGUCGCUGGGCUCGGCUCCCUCCCCCCGAUAUACGGGCCAGCCUUCGUCCCUCGCCCGCCGUCGCCCGAGCCAACUCUUCUUCCUUUCCAAUCCCCUGGUCCACCGGCCAGUCUUCUCCGCCUCGCUCCCCGGCUGCACUUAUAUCCGUCGCCUGGUCCAUCCCCCGUUCUUGCCUCCCCCUCCCUUUGCAUCCGUAUCUGUCGCCGUGCACCCUUCCUUGCCUCACCAACUCUGUCCCCUGGCGCCAUGAACGACAUUGACUACCACACCUGUCUGGUGGUGCAGUACGCCAUCAUCAGCUUGGCCAUCCUCAACCAUCUCUUCAACAUGCAGUUUUUCUUGCGGCGCUUCAUCUCCCGCAAGAACCGCAGCUGGUUCAACUACCUCUUCUUUGUCAUGAUCUUCCUGGUCACUCCCUUUGCCAUGUCCGUCACCGCCGCUCUGGUGCCCUUCCAGACCCUGGUCCUCAACGGCAGUCAGGAUCCGUACACUAAUGUAGUCUUUGGUCUCCUGAUCCGGCUGCUGAGCAUCUCCAUCACGCUCUACGAAGUCGUCACCAUCUACUUCUCGUACCGCAGUCUCAAACUGCUGCAGCCCAUCCUGGGCUUCUCGAACUCGUGGGACUAUCUCGCCCACGGUAUCAAUCUUUUGCUUGCCGUGCUCUUCCUUCUUGCGACCCAAGUCACCACCCUCUCGAGCUGGAGACGAGUCGCCCAGUUCGUCUAUGCCAUGUCGACCUACGUUGCGUGGCUCAUAAGCACAACCAUCAUGAUCAAGGAGCUCGACAAGUGGAAGAACUAUCUGGGUCAGGUACCCGAUAACGCCAGCAUCCACAGCAACCUGCUCAAGCCCUCGACCAUCUCCUCUGUCCGCAAGGUGCGGAUUACCUACUACUCCCAGCUGCUCAUCUGCUUCCUGGGCACCGUCUGUCUCGGCGUCAGCACCGUCUUGACCGACAUCACCCCGAAUCUCGCCCUCGGCAUCGUCCGUGCGGGAACCCUCUUCUCGGCCUCGUAUGACACCCUCGCUCUCGUGAUGAUGUACGAAAUCCUGCCUGAAAAGGUCAAGCGAGACCCCACCAAGAGCGGAUUUGCUUCCCGCGCAACGGCGACCAACAUCAACCGAAACGACGCCGUCGCCCGCUCCCGCAUGUCGUUCUCAGAGGAAGACUCGUCCGACUCGACGUGUCCCCACAGCACCCGUUCCGUCGACGACAUUGUCAAGGCUCCCUGAACAUCAUAACCACCACCAUCAUCCUCACAUCUGCACUGACCUCACGCCUCUCACCAUUGACGGCUGUGUGAGUAGCCCACUCCCGCCGUCUCCUCUCAUAUCGCCAUUGCCAAAACACAAACCGGUCGCCUGUUUGCUUUCUCCAUUUUUGUUGUUGCUGCUUCUGUAGCCUGGGCUCUCAACCAGGUCGAACGGUUGCUUGUUUUCUGCUUGCCAACCCCCUCCCCCUGCAUCGCUCCGUACAAGAGCUGCCCCCGAUGCCCAAAUACAUCCCUGAACUCUCUCUGGCU